AUGAAAUUUUCAUUAGAAUCAGAACACACAACACUUAAAUACAAACUGCUCAAGUAUUUUAAAAAAAACAGUAGCCAUCAACGUCAAUCGUACACACAAGAUUCUCGAAUAGACGAAGGUUUUCACCAGCAGAAAACCAACAAUACAUCAUGUCCAUCAUUGAUUACUACAUCCACCGACUUGUCAGCGACACUGUCCUCAUCAUCAACCACAGAUCAGAUACAGAAAAUAGAUUUUUUACAAGAAUUGCCUGUAGAAUUAGCUUACUUGAUUCUAUCACAUUGCGAUGAACGAGCUGUAUUCGAGUCAACACUUGUAUCAAAACGGUGGUACCUGUUAUGUAAAGACAAUCAUCUAUGGCUUCAACUGUAUCAGCAGCAUCAUGGCGUUGUAUAUCCCUCACCGUCCACCAUUGUUGUCGAUUACAAGCAUUUAUACGAAAGAAAAACACAGUUACUCAGUAGAUGGAAGCAUGGCCAUCAGCAAAUGCAGACCAUCAUGGGCCAUUCAGAUAGUAUCUACUGUGUGCAGUUUGAUACCAACAAGAUUAUUACAGGCAGUAGAGACCGUACCAUCAAAUUCUGGAACAUUGCCAGCCAACAUUGCUACAAAACAUUGAAGGGGCACCAGGCCUCUGUGCUCUGUUUACAAUACGAUGAUUUUAUUUUAGUAUCAGGGUCCUCUGAUCACACAUUACUGGUGUGGUCCAUGAAGACCUAUCAGUCAAUUCAUUGUUUAAGGGGCCAUCAUUCAGGCGUGUUGGAUGUAUGCUUUGACGAGCGUACCAUUGCUAGCUGCUCAAAAGAUGCUACUAUUCGGAUAUGGAGUCGGUCUUCAGGUCAAUUACUACAAACACUCAUAGGCCAUCGUGGUCCAGUCAAUGCAAUCCAAUUUAAAAAUAACCGGUUGGUCUCGGCCUCAGGGGAUACUGUCAUCAAGUUAUGGGAUGUGGAAACUGGACAAUGUCUGCGUGAUUUUGUAGGCCAUGCUCACGGUUUGGCUUGCAUACGAUUUGACGGUAAACGGGUUGUCAGCGGAAGUAAUGACAACAAGAUCAAAGUGUGGAAUGCAGAUACUGGGGAAUGUGUGCUGACAUGCGAAGGACAUACUGGCCUUGUAAGGUCACUUCAUUUUGACAAGGACAAGAUUGUCAGUGGAAGCUAUGAUCAGAGCAUUCGCGUGUGGGAUAUUCACACUGGAGAAUGUUUACAUACAUUCGCUCGAUGUCAUACCAGUUGGGUGUUUGAUGUCAUGUUUGACGAAACCAAAAUUAUUAGGUAA